GGCCGCCGUUUGUUCUGUGCUGCUCGUCACGGGAAGAGUGAUAGGCGUGAAUUCGAAGUGUUACUGUAAUCUGAGGAAACCUGUGCUGGCGGUUUGUGGUCAUGAGCGCCAGCAGCACGUAGAUUUCUGUGUUUCAGCUGCGAUCGACAGUGCAGCAACUCUGUCAUGCAAGUUGACUUUCAUAUAUUUAGUUUCAGUUACGCCCGCUCAUUGUUGCACAAGUCUCUCUUAUGUUUUCCCCGAGGAGCUCAAUUCCUUCUAUAAACUCAACUUUUGUCCGGUAAUCAGAUAUGUACCAUAAUCUCUUCUUACUCUGAACAAUGAAAGAUCUUUUUCUGAAAAAUGAAUUGGGAAGACCCUGGUGAAUUGCACAAUCCAAAGGCAGGGAGAGUCUGCUUGGGGCAAAAGGAGAUUCCAAAAGGCAGAGCAGAACCAGGAAUUCCUUGUUGACAGACAGAGAGAAAUCUUCCCCAAAACAUGGCAACAGCUCCCUCUGCCACCACUAGCACCUCUCCUGCAGUCUAUGAUUGUAACCCUGAAAGUGCAUCCUUCCCAGAACAGUUUGCUUGGGGUGCAGCAACAGCAGCAUACCAGAUUGAAGGUGGCUGGGAUGCAGAUGGAAAAGGCCUCAAUGUUUGGGACACGUUCACCCAUCAGGGAGGAGAUCGGGUUUUCAAGAACCACACUGGUGAUGUAGCUUGUGGCAGCUAUACUCUGUGGGAGGAAGAUUUGAAAUGUAUCAAACAGCUUGGAUUGACUCAUUAUCGCUUCUCUCUUUCCUGGUCACGUCUGUUACCUGAUGGGACGACAGGUUUCAUCAACCAGAAAGGCAAUUGUUCCUUUAAAAUAGAAAGUUGUGCUGCUUUAAUUCAAGGAGUUGAUUAUUAUGACAAAGUGAUUGAUGGGCUGCUAGCAAAUCGGGUGACACCUGUGGUUACGCUUUACCACUUCGACUUGCCUCAGCAUUUAGAAGAUCAAGGUGGCUGGAGAUCAGGUGCCAUUGUGGAAACCUUUGAUGCUUAUGCUCAGUUUUGCUUCAGAACAUUUGGGGACCGUGUGAAGCUAUGGCUCACCAUUAAUGAGCCAUAUGUUGUUGCUGCACUGGGCUACGAAAAGGGCAUUAUGGCCCCAGGUGUUACAGAACCUGGUACUGGAGCCUACCUAGCAGCUCAUAACAUGAUCAAAGCUCAUGCUGCAGCCUGGCAUAGUUAUGAUAAACUUUUCCGAGAAAAGCAGGGUGGGCUUGUCUCUAUAGCACUAAACUCCGAUUGGGCAGAACCCUCUGAUCCGAACUCCCCUGCCGACCAGGAAGCUGCUAAGAGGCAUAUGGCAUUUUGUCUGGAUUGGUUUGCUGCCCCAAUAUUUCUUGAUGGAGACUAUCCAGCCAUAAUGAAAUCCAAGAUUUCUGCUGUAUGUAAAAGGCAAAAUUGUCCAUCAUCAAGGCUUCCUGAAUUCACCAGUGAAGAGAGAAUGAUGAUCAAGAGCACUGCUGAUUUCUUUUCUAUAAAUUAUUAUACCACUCGCAAAAUUAAGCACCAAGAUAAUACUUCCUGUCAGCCAAGCUUUUUUUCAGACCAAGAAGCAGUGCAAGUCAUGGAUCCAUCCUGGCCUGUUGCAUCUGGCAGCUCCUGGCUGGCUGUUGUUCCUUGGGGUUUACGUAAGCUGCUGAAAUACAUCAAGGAUACAUAUAAUCACCCUGUAAUUUACAUCACUGAGAAUGGCUUUUCCCAAAGUGACCCUGCUCCACUCGGUGACACUCAGCGCUGGGAGUAUUUCAGACUGACUUUACAGGAGAUUUUAAAAGCAAUUUACAUUGAUGACGUCCACCUGAAAGGCUACUUUGUAUGGUCCCUUCUGGACAACUUUGAGUGGAUAUCUGGAUACAGCUCUCGAUUUGGGCUCUUCUUCGUAGACUUUGAAGAUCCAGCUCUCCCACGCAUUCCUUACAAAUCAGCCACUGAAUAUGCUAAGGUUAUUGCCAACAAUGGACUGAUAAAAUCAGAUUAAAAAUGCAUGUCAGUACUAUCAAUGAGAAGAAAGAGACCACUUAUAAAAUGUGGUAAGAAAACAUUUUCUUAAAAGAAUUUGAAUUUGAUUUUUCAAUCAGUAUUUGUCAAAGACAGAAAAAGACUGUGGGGUGGGGAUGGAGGGGUCAGAAAUAUAUUUACACGACAAAGGAAACUAGAUUUAAAAUUAAAAGUCUGAGCUUAAAAAAAAACACAAAGAUGCUGUGUUGCUAUUUUCUGUAAAGUUCAAAAUUCCUUUUAUUUUUAGCAAUAGGGAGAUAUAUAAAGGGAGGACCAAAAGUUAUUCAGGACAAUGAAUCCUCAUCCCAGACUCCAGGAUUUUUUUUUAAGUGAACCAUCAAUUUUCUGAGAUUUUUGUAGUUUAAAAACCUAUCUUUACAGUCACAAAGGCUGGAAACUUGCUGGAAUGUCAAACAGAAAGAGAGAUUCCCAGGAAGCUGGAUUCUGGUCCUGAUACCACACGAAGUGCUUUCUCUUGGCUCCAGCAGAAAGUAUACUACAAGGAUUGACAGGUGCAAGGAUCAUAUGUGUACUGCCUGGGAGCAAGGUGAAGGGGGGGGGAAGUAAACUGGACCUCAGGUGGACAUCCAGAGGCUUUGCCAGUACAAGUGGUUUCCACUCUUCUGUCUGUGUUAAUGCUUUUAUCAAGUCCCUCGUGAGGGAGCAACAAGGAAGGCAAGAGAAUAUAUACUGCCCAGGAACUAUUUACAUUGCUGUCAUUACUUUGAUCAAAUUUUAGUCCAGAGGAAAUAUAAGAAUAACUUUAGAACCACAUACUCGUGUCUGUUCACCUAGAAAAACAAGACAGUGCUCUGUGAGUAGGAAGGGUGUGUAAAAAAAAAUAAAAAGAAGAAGAAGAAG